UUUACUAAGUACAUUUUAAUAAGUAAAUAAAUUGUUUAUGUUUCUCCGUUAUUUACAAUUGGUUGACACAACAAACUGCUGAAUUCUGAAUGACAUAAAACUUAACCCACGAAUGUUGAGAUAAAUAUAAAUUCUCUCUUAAACUUUGUUAUUAAUUUUGUGUGUAUAUUAAAAAAUGAUUGCUCAUUAGAAAAGUGAUGUUGAUAUACCAAUUAUAAAAGUUCAAGUGAUCAAAAACAACUUAAAGUAUUAAAAAAAAUUCUUGUUUAUUUUAAAAAUACAACAACAGACAACAGAUUAUUCAUCAAUUACAAAUUGCUAAUAAACAACUAUCAAACAGAUAAUAAAUUAUAUAGGUAUGAAAUGGAGCAUCAUCGUAAAAUUUUACGUCAUUCAUUUUUUGUGGAAAAAGCAACACUAUUAGAAUCAAGUCCACUACGUCCUCGUUCAGUAAUUGCUCAAGGUUUUACACCAGCACCAAAUGACCGUGUUUUUAAUGAUGAUAAGACUAAACGUUUAAGAAAUCGUAGAUCACUUGGACUGUCAAACAUAACACGUAAAGAUGGUAUUGCUAAAUGCAUGAAGCUAAAUACACAAAUUAAAAAAAAUAUUAAAAAUGCAAUACUAUUAGACUCAAGUCCACUACGUCCUCGUUCAGUAAUUGCUCAAGGUUCAAUACCAGCACCAAUUGACGAUUUUGUCAAUGAUGAGUUGAUUAAACGUUCAAGAAGUCGUGCAUCACUUAAAGUAUUUAACAAAACACGUACGAUUAUGACUAUGCCACAAACAAGAGAUGAUAUUGUUGAACCCAUAAAACUAAGUACACAAAAUGAAAUGAAUAUUAAAAAUCCAACACUAUUAGAAUCGAGUCCACUACGUCCUUUAAGAAGUCGUACAACACUCAUACGAUUAAAACAAAGACGUCUGACUAUGCAACAAAUAACAGAUGAAAAUGCUGAAAGCAUGAAGCCUAGUACACGAAAUGAAAUAAAUAUUAAAAAUACAACACUAUUAGAAUCAAGUCCACUACGUUCUCGUUUAGCAAUUGCUCAACGUUCAACACCAGCACCAACUUACGAUGUUGUUAUUACUAAACGUUCAAAAAGCAGUAGACCACUUAAAUUAUUAAAAAAACAAUUAAAAGAUGAUCAUGCUGAACUCAGAAAGCUAAUAAAUGAACAAAUUGAAAAAAAUAUUUCAUUAACACAAAUGAUAAUGGAGCGUGUUAAUGAUGAUUGCCUGGCUGAAAUAUUCAUGUAUGUGCCAGCAUGUGAGAGACUAAAAAUUGCACUGGUAUGCAAAAAAUGGAAACGAGCCCUUGAUUAUUCUUGGUCUAAUGUCAAAAAACUUGAACUAACUUAUUGGCAAUAUCAUGGAUUGCCAUAUUGUUUAACGAGAUAUCAAACGGUUAGUGAAAAAUUAAAUUUUUUAAAUUCACUGCUUGGUAAAUGUGGUCGUUAUUUGAAAACAUUAGACUUGACAGCUUAUGCUCGUUGUAACAUAGUGCCAAUUAUAAAUGAUUAUUGUCCAAACCUCGAGAAACUUCGAUUGAGAUUCACCUCUAUUGACGAUACAAUGUUGUCCAAUGCAUUUACAGGUCUAUCUAAACUAAAAUCCUUGACAAUUAUAUUUGAAAAUUUGCGAAAUAAAAUAAUACCUGUGACUUUAAUAAAUUCGUUGAGAAACGUUGCUGGUACAUUGACUGAACUGAAUUUGUUAAAUUUUGUCAAUCACUUGUAUGAUAGUUGUGAUUAUCCAAAAGAAUUUGAUUGUGUGAUUCGUGAACUGAAGGUCAUGAAAAAAUUUGAAGUUGCUGGUAUACGAGAUUCUAAAAAUGUAUUUGAGUAUUUAAAAAAUAAUAAAAUGUCAUUUUAUUUAAACCAUAAUGAAUAUCUUAAAAAACCUCGUUAUCUGGGACAUCCGUUUAUAAAUAUCAGGUCAUUAAAUUUAUCAAGUUGCUUCAUUAAAGAUGAUACUUUGUAUACUAUUGCCAAUAUCAUCAAACGAUUAGAAAUUUUAACUAUACCUUGUGAACAGAUAACCGAUGACGGUGUAGUAUCACUUUCAAAGAUGAAUAAUUUACAAAUUAUUUAUUUAAACGGUCAUAAUAACGUUAUUGAUUCUUCAAUAAAAUUGCUCAAAAAUAUAGUAAAAUUAUCUUUGCCACACAGCAAUAAAAUUACUGAUGUUUCAGUCAUGAAACUUCUUGAAAAUUCACCAAAUAUUGAGCAACUUUUUCUUGACUUGGCAACAAGUUUGACUGUUAACUUUGUCAAAAAAGCAGCAGAAAUAUCAAGUCAACGAAAGCAACUUUUGAAUAUUACCAUUCAUUCAUUAAUACCUGAUGAAAGUGAUAUUGAUAUACCAAUUGAAAGUUCAAGUGUUCAAAAACAACUUGAAGUAUUAAAUUUGACAACAUAA